GAAGAGCGGCUGCAGAUGGAGAAGGAGGAGGCAGAGAAGAGGCAGGAGGAGGCAGAGGUGGCCAUGAAAGAGCAGGAAAGGAAGCUGGAGAAGGAGAGGAGGAGACACGAGGAUGACCUGAAGGAGAAACUCAGGGAGCUAGAGGAGGAAGAAGAGGAGAGGGAGCAGGAGGAGGAAGACGUAGAGUGGCUGUUGAGAGGAGAUGUUUUCCAGAUUUUUCCAGAGGAGCCGACCGAAGAGGACCUCCUUACACCUCCCCUAGCCGAGCCCACUGAGGAACAAGAGGAGGAUGGAGGAGAGGAUUGGGGAGGGGUGGUACGCAGACCUGGGAACACCCUCCCGUUAGGUUGUGAUAUCUCUGAUGUCAUCGUGACGUGUGAGAACGCCCAGCUGACCAACUUCCCCCCCCUGAACAUCCCUGAACUCAAGUCUCUGAGCCUGGAGGGUAACGCCAUCACAACCAUCCCAAUGGGGGCGUUCAAUGGCAUCCCCAACCUGGAGUGGAUUAACCUGAGCAAGAACAAGUUGGUGACUUCUGGUAUUGCCCCACGUGCCUUCAAAGGCCUGAAGUUCCUGAGCCGCCUGUUCCUGGACAACAACCUCCUGGAGCUGGUUCCAACAGAUCUCCCAUCAACACUACAGGAACUCAAGAUCAACGAGAACCACCUCAAAGGCAUCGAGGAGAAUAGCUUCCAAGGUCUGAGUAGCCUGUUGAUCUUGGAGUUGGAGGGAAAUGUCCUGAACGAAGGGAACGUGGAUCAUCAAGCUUUCAGUCCCCUCUCCCAGCUCUCCUACCUCCGUCUGGGCAGAAACCACUUCAGGACCAUCCCGCAGGGCCUGCCUCCAUCUCUACUGGAGGUUUAUCUGGAGAACAACCUGAUAGAAGAGAUAUCCGACUGCGUCUUCAAUCAAACCACGAACCUGAACGUGAUCUCACUGAGACACAACAGACUGGAUGAGUCCAGGAUUGCACCUCUAGCAUGGAUCAACCACAAGAACCUGGAGUCCAUCGACCUAUCCUACAACCGUCUGUACCUGGUCCCUUCCUACCUGCCCAGAGCUCUGGUUCACCUGGUCUUAGUAGGGAACCAGAUCGAGAGAAUCCCAGGGUUUGUGUUUGCCCACAUGGUUCCGGGGAUAGAGUACCUGUACCUGUCCRACAACAAGCUGGAUGGGGAGGGAGUAGAGCCAGAGUCCUUCUUGGGCACCUAUACCUCCAUGACAGAGCUGUGUUUAGACAACAACCAGCUGGUUACGGUUCCCCCUGGUAUCAACCAGAUGAGCACACUGCACUUCCUCCAUCUCAAUAACAACAAAAUCAGGACCUUUGCUGAGGAUGCUAUCUGUGACCCCGAGAACAUCGAGGACUCUCACAUCGUGAUGCUGCGUCUGGAGAACAACCUCAUCGACCCCAGGAAGAUCUCCCCUACCGCUUUCUCCUGCGUCCGCUCUUACUCCAGCGUCGUCUUGAAACCUCAGCGGACCAAGUAACAGGAUUUGCAAAAAAACUGUGUGGCAGAAUUGCCAAAAAAACAGAUCCCCUUUCUUCCUAGGCACUCCUGUAGAUCUGAAAGGCUGUGAUAGGUGGAAACAAUAUGGCGACAUUUCCACACAGCCAAUCACAAGGCAAGAGGAAGCAAUUAUCCUUAUCCUCUCAGAUCAACAGAGCCUGGAAUUCAGCCGCUGUUAUUUUAUCAAAAACAUUUUUUUAAACAAGGAAAAUGUCCGUAAAAUCACCAUUGCCAAACUCCAACUGUAUCUCAUUGUUCGAGUCGCGCAACACAAUUCAUAUCAACGACUAUAGGAGAGAGAGAGAGACACACACCGUUAGGAAAAUACACCUUCCACUCCUGGUUUUCCAUCUUCUAAAACUCCCACGGAUGGAAACAUUCUAGGGAAGUGAGGAACAGCUUCUUGGACUUGUUCCUAAAACCUUCAUUUAAAAGAUUGAAGUGUUUGAAUAAGAUCUCCUAGUAGAGUUAACCUCCGCAUGAUCUGGUCUGCAUCCCAAAUUGCAAGCUAUUCCCUAUAUAGUGCACUACUUUUGGCCAGGGCCCUAUUCCCUAUAUAGUGCACUACUUAUGGCCAGGGCCGAUAAGGAAAAGGGUAGCAUUUGUGAUGUAGAUCUGGUGAUAGAGGGGUACAAAAUGAGAAUGUAACAUGUCUAGAGAUUCCCUUUUCAGUCCUACUCUGUGAUUUGUUGUUGGUCCCCAGUUUGAGACGUUGCUUCAGAUUUCGUUCGUUGACGUUCGACUGGGAGAAGAGAUGGAUCAACUAAACCCCACACUUCCUCAAAGUAGCACAGAAAUAGAAAUAGAACAAUCUUUACCAGUCAAAUUGCCAGGGUUAGAGGUUCCAAGCACGGUUCUAUAGAUUAUAUUUCUAUGUCAAGCAGCGGAUCAGGAUCUACAAUAGGGAAAUAUACCUCUGGUGUAUAUAGGGAUAUGUAUAUUGGGAUAAUAAUAAUCAGUACGUUUUAUAUGUUAUUGCUUUUCCCCUCAACAGAAUUAAUUCACGUGUCAUCAAUCAUUCUAGAAAGAAACUAUACUGUAUAAUCAAACCAUACUGUGGAAUGGAAACUUUUACAAUAGUUUUCAGUGUUUGAAAUCUGUCUGCAACACCACGUGUACGUGGCUGGCUAAGAUUUAAAAGUGGGGAUAUGAAUUUAUAAAAAAAAAAGCUACAUUUGAGAAUUGCAUUAUCGACAAGUUCAUACAAAGUGCAAGUUUUUAUUUUUGUUCUUCAUACCUGUACAAAACACACGAUGUUCCUACGACUCAAAUAAAGAAGCCUUUGUUUUGAUUCAAAUAA